CCUCCCCGCCGCCGGAUGGCGCUCUAUCGGCGAAAGAAACCCCUCCCCGCCGCCGGAUGGCGCUCUAUCGGCGAAAGGAAUCCUCCCCAUCUCGGCCGGGGGGCGCUGCUGGCGGCUCUGAUGGCUGAUUCCUGCUUUGAAUCCGACCCCGACUUCUGCCCCGAGUGUGGAACCAUCCUGCCGCUACCGGGUCACGAGCAGUUCGUGGUGUGCCGUAGGUGUGGUUUCCAGAUCAGCAUCCAUGCCUUCGAAGGGACAGAGAUCCACUCAGAGCUGGUGUUCAAUGAUCCAGAGAUCCUGUUGGCCAACCUGACCACUGAGGACGAGGCAAAGGACGUGAGCGGACCGGUGGUGGAUCGGAAGUGCUCGCGCUGUGGACACGACGGGAUGGUAUAUCACACACGGCAAACACGCUCGGCAGACGAGGGGCAGACAGUGUUCUACACGUGUACCAGCUGCAGGCACCAAGAGAAGGAGGACUCCUGACCAUGGAGAAGGCAGCAACUGCAACGAGACCCCGUGCUGGAGGUGGGACCCCUGGCCAGUUGGUGCACUUGUUGGCUGUCCAGUCUCUCUCUCUCGUGUCUUCGUUCCUCUGUUGUGGAUUUUGUAAAUAAACGAGCCAGAUUUCUUACAAGA